CCGCGCACUCCUGUCCAUGUACGCCUCCGCCGUGCUGCUGUACAGUGGAGUGGCUCUGUGCUAGAGUUUCACUCAGGUAACCUAACACCAGAGCGGACCGUUCCUGAGGACGUCGAAUUGACAGUAUAAUUUAUUAGUAAAUAAACAGUAACAUGAUAAAAGCCAUAUUAAUAUUCAACAACCAUGGGAAACCCAGGCUUUCGAAAUUCUAUGAACAUUACAGUGAAGACACGGAGCAGCAGAUCAUCAGGGAAACAUUUCACCUAGUAUCAAAGCGGGAUGAGAACGUCUGCAAUUUUCUUGAGGGUGGAAUGUUGAUAGGUGGAUCAGACAACAAGCUGAUCUACAGACACUAUGCGACGCUGUACUUUGUCUUCUGUGUAGACUCCUCAGAGAGCGAACUCGGCAUUCUAGACUUAAUCCAGGUGUUUGUGGAAACACUGGACAAAUGUUUCGAGAAUGUCUGUGAGCUUGACCUCAUUUUCCAUGUAGACAAGGUACACAACAUCCUGUCUGAGAUGGUGAUGGGCGGCAUGGUCCUAGAGACCAACAUGAACGAGAUCAUAACACAAGUGGAUUCGCAAAACAAACUAGAGAAGUCUGAGGCUGGCAUUGCAGGGGCUCCUGCACGUGCUGUUUCAGCAGUAAAGAACAUGAACCUGCCAGAAAUGCCCAAGAACAUCAACAUCGGAGACAUCAGCAUAAAAGUGCCAAACUUGCCAUCUUUUAAAUAGCAGCAGUGGACAAGGAUGGGCAGACGUAUUUGCUAAAUGUUUACCAAACACAAAGUGAAUAUCUUGUUAAGAAGGUACUAUGUGAUUUCCUGUCGUGUUGCUUCUGGUCUUGGAAUGCCAUUUAUGUGUCUCUCUCUCUCUCUCUCUCUCUCUCUCUCUCUCUCUAUCUGUCUAUUUUUUUUUUUUUUUUGGAAAUGAAGUAUUUAUUUAUUACAUUCCAGAGGCCUUUCUGAAGGUGUGCUCCAACAUUUUGGCUGCUCCAGUAUUUGAAGAUUGUGUCUUUAUAAUGCUUUGUACAGCAGACCUAAAAAUCUACUCAGUUAUGUAAACAUCCAAGUGAUGCUGUAUAUGCUUUAAUUGUAUUACUGGUAUUAUACUGUAUGUAAUCAGAGUAUUUUAUAUAUAAUUUAUCUUUUCUUACUCAAGCAGUGAUUUUAUCUUAAUUAGUGCAUGUGAGUGUUUCUUCUUUUUUUUUUUCCACAACAAAAUAAAAAAUGCAUCAUUUUAA